GUAAACACCCGGAAGUAAGUUGGCGCUGUUCUAUUUUGAGAUUGGGAAAUUCCAAGACAGAGGAAGCCUCGAACAGAAAGAAGAUUAGGUUUUGACUUUACCAUUCAGCGAUAUAUUUUAAGACAACUGAAGACCCCAAAUAGACUGCAGUAAAAAUGGUGCGAGAAACAAAAACCCUCGGUGAAGGUAUCCCUGCCACUGCAGAUCCAACAGAAUUACCUACUGUCAAAAAUAUAGCAAACAUUGAUUCCACAAGACAAUUAACAGACUUAGAGAUAGCAGCCAUUGUAGAAAAGGUGGCUAGGCUCUCACAUAGUCAUUUGUUUUUCCAUAAAAUGCAAAGUCUCCUAGGCCGUGAUGUAGCCCACAAAAUUGACACGGAAGGAAAGAGAAAAGAAGAGCAGCGAUCGAAAACCUUCUACCACAUGAUGAUGACCUACAGGCGACGGAAACAAUUCGGAUUGUUGGAGGUGGGGGAGGUGGUGAAGUUGUUACAUGAAAUGAACAUGGAGCAGGUAGCAGAGAGUGUUGAACCUUGACACAGAUCCAGGAAUGUUCUUUAGUGUGUAAUGAAUUUCAUAAACUGUAUAAAACUCAUCAGUGUAAACUGAUCUUAGUUCUGGAUUGUGUUUACCGAUCAUCAACCAUAUGUACCUUUAGAUUUGAACUGGACAUCCAAUCAUGUUACUAUGGCGACAGCUGGUCAGAUUAUUGUUGGUGGCAAGCAGUUUCUUUUCAUGAUUUAUUAAGAAGUUAUACAGCAAUAAAAUGUCUUUAAAUGUGAAA